AUGAGCGACCCGUCGCCCAAGAAGAAGAACGGCGGCAACCCUUCUGUUCCAAGACAAAUCCGCUUUGUCGCAACCGAUGGUCAACCGCAGACCAAGCGCCGGCGCGUCAAUGCCGCAUGUUUGACAUGCCGCCGGCGCAAGAUCAGAUGCUCGGGAGAACAGCCAGUGUGCAAAACGUGCUCGGACUACAAGCAUGUCUGCUUGGGAUACACCGAAUCGAUCGCUCAUUUACGGACACAGUCUGACUCGACGUCGCAAGCGCCGCGUGUUUCCGCCCCCAAUGGUUCGAGCCACAAUGUCGCCCGCGCCGUCGAAAGUAGCUCCCCUGAUCCAGUGCCGCCGAAUAUGCCAGCGCCCGCCGUUGACGGGCCUUCCGAGCUACUGGAGACCGGCUUGAAGGAUAUACCUCCGUUUCUAGAUGUGUCGUCGCGCAACAAAGAGUUGGAGAUGCGAGCCGAAGACAGCCCGGAGAGCAGUCGUGCCUCUGUGAGCUCAGGUAGUCGCACGCAUGUGCCUUACUUCCGAUACUUUGGUCCCACUGCCAUUGUUCCAGGCUUCAAGCAAAUGGUCGUGCAAGUCCGCGGUUCUCGCAAGAGUAACCCGUCCAUGUCUUCCGACUCUCCGUCACCCCUCCGAAGCCCCAGACCCGCGGAAAGACCCUCUGAGAACAUCAGCAGAGCCCCGGCACCGUCUGAGAGUCGCGAAAGUCGCGAUGCGAACAUCCCCUUCUAUGACCAGGACGACACGGCUCCCGUUUCAAACCUCGUUUUGCAUCUUUGUGAUUUAUUCUUCACGCACCUGGGAUGUAACUUCCCAUUCCUCCAGCGCGAUAGAUUCUUCCAAGAUCUCAAAGACAAGAGGGUCGACACCAUGUUAGUAGAUGCGGUGUGCUCAUUAGCCGCAAGGUUCUCAGCACAUCCACUGCUUGGGCCUCCGCAGGCUCAGCCCAUCGCACGCCCGCAUCUACCAGAUGACAACCGCAAAUGGGAUCGCGGCUUACCAUUUGGACAUCGUGCGAUGAGCGCGCUCGUGGACUCACUGCCAUGUCCGACUCUCUCCGCUGUCCAGGCCUGCUUACUACUUGCCUAUGAACAGUUCGGAUCGAAUCACGACAGUGGACUUUGGAUGUACCUCGGAAUCUCCAUUCGCAUGGCGCAAGACUUGGGAUUACAGAAGUUUCAAGGUCUCAAGCAUAACUAUGGCCAGAGCGGGGUGACUCCGAGCGAUGUGAUGACUGGUCACGCUGGAAAGCUUAGAGAAGAUCAGUAUGAUGAUCUCGAUGUGCAUCAUACUCCGAAGGUGAAACCAAGGCCUCUUACUGGAGAGCGCGCUCGAGAGCGUGAGCGCGUAGACUCAUUUUGGAGCAUAUUCUUUUUGGAUAGAGUCAUUUCUUCGGGGACGGGUCGGCCAGUGACACUCCGCGACGAAGAUAUUGAGCUUUGUUUCCCUCUCCAGUCGGAAUCACAGCUUCCGAAUGGCUGGCCAGCUCCUUUCCCGCCGCUUAUUCGGAUCAUCCAUCUCUACGGCAGAGUGACGGAUUUGAUAAACGGUAUCCAAUACGUCAAACGGGUCACACCAGAUACUUUGAAGAUGCUAGCUGGGAUGGAGAGCGACUUGACUGGUAUCUAUCAACGCUUGUCUCCCAGACUUCAUUUCAAUGCAGCGAAUUUCCAGGCUUAUGUGAAAGCCAAGGAAGGGACUAACUUCAUAUUGUUGCAUUUCUGGUUUCACACCCUCAUCGUGCUUCUACACCAGCCUACGUUGCUGAACUCUUUUGGUGGAUCCAUUCAGCACCUUUAUCCCAACAGCCGGGAGCUUUCGAUGUCUUCUGCAAAAACCAUUGCAGACAUUCUAUCUUUCUCCGAGCUCGUUGAUGGGAAAAGCUUCAUCGGAAACCCGUUCACAAGUCAACCGAUGUACAUUGCAGCUUGCGCCUUCCUCAUGGAAAGCGCAUACUACACCACACCCUCAUCUGCCAAUGGCGCACCAUCGCCCCAGCCACUGUUGGCGAACCAGUCUAGUGGCUUCGUGCUACCUAAUUUGGAUCCAUCCAAUGGAACAGAGCGCAAGUCUACAGCGAAGCACAUUCUACUCGCUUCUGCUGCGAAGGAGAACUAUCAACGCUGCUACAAAGCAUUGCAAGCCCUCAAUACGUACUGGCAAGGAACUGGCUACAUCCUGACAGUGCUAGACCAGAAGGCGAAAGGCAUCGUUGACCCUCUUCUCUACACCAUUGAAGACAUGGAGAAUACAGAUGGGAUCGCUCCGGGGCUACCUCUGGGUCCUGGCCCUUGGCGCAAAGGCAAAGUACCAGCAGAUGGAUCAGAUCCCGAAAAACCAUACAGUGUUGCCGACAUGACAUCUAACAGGAAAUGGUCGCCAAACAUCGAUCCAAGCCAAGCCAUCGGAUGGUCUCUCACAGGUGCUACGAACUCAGCACAGCCUAACCUAAGCUUGCUGUACCAAAUGCCCACCACUGAGCCAGAUCCUACCCCCGACCGUCCAACCUACUCGUCCCAGUACAGUCACAGCUACCCAAUCCUACCAAAUGCCGGGCAAGGCAAUUCAUCGUUCCCUCCCCUCAACCCCAGUCACAACGAAAGCGCCGCAUCACUUGCGGCAGCGAAUGCAAAAUACCCCACGAUACCCACGCCUAUGCAUACAGAUUCCUACUACAUGGGUCUGAAUUCACCUUACCCAGAUUCAACACCACAAUCCACACGCCCCGUCCAACCCGCACCGCCCACUUUCUCGGGUCUAUCACCAGCCCAACUUGACCCUCAGCCAUCUGUAUUCGACUACUCGGUUCCACCAACCCCCGACCCAAGUGGGAACCCAAUCGGCACUGGUGAUCUGCAUGCAGAUAGCAACGGGAUGAUGAUCGGUAGCCAUGACGUCGAUAUGAAUACCCUCAACCACCAAGAAUCAUUCCCCUUUGCUAAUGGCGAGAUUCUGCCUUGGUUGGAGUAUCUCCCGCAGGAUGUUCUUAGCUUCUUUGGUGAAAAUCAGGGGUAUCCACUUAUGAAUCCUGAUGAUGUUUCACGGCCAUCAUGA